AGCGGAAGAUGAGUAGAUUCUUUCAUAUGUUAUUUUCUGCACUCACCGUAUUUUUGUGUUUCACUUUUCAACCACUUCUCAACGUCUGGAUUUCAUGGGAUGUAACUGACCAUUUCAAUAUCACUCUCCAGAGAUGGUAAAAUAACUUCCUGAGGAACUGGUCGGGAAAAAAAAGUAGGUCAUGAACAACAAACUAGUGAAAUGUGUGCCUCAUGCAGCGCUACUGGAGCAUCCGUUCCUGCAGCCCUAGUAAAUUAAAUCGGAUGCCAUGAAAUUAACCUGCGUCACUCUAAGAAGAUGUUACAGUACUGAGUUUGGCUUGCCACUUGUCAGUACAUUGCCCUAGUCACUGCUGACUCAUCCACGCUUCCUGUUCAUUACAAUAGACCAACCCCCUCUUUUUUUUUAAACCGUCUCUGCCCUCUUUUUAUUUUCCACUGCUACUACGAUCAUUCCAAUUCUCUGAGCUGUACCAAGCUCAAAGAGUGAUUCAAGCUUUUAAAUGUCCCUUUGGAAUUGAACAAUACUUAAACAAUAAAAAAAAACAACGUCAAACUGAAGAUGCAGAAUAAAAUUUAUCUGAAAUACGCAUAUGCCAGGUUUGCAACUAUUAUCUAUACAAAGAUAAUAUUUUCCGACCGCAAAUGACUGAAAUAUGUAAAAUUUCAUUCCCCUAAAAAUAUAGCUGAAAUUAAACAAUCUUUUAAAAGCAAGGACAAUCCUAGCAGCCUUAAUGACAUUGGUUUCGAGAGGCAGGCAAUGAGUUCUCUGAAGUCAACAUCUCUAAGCGUUAUGAGACCACCAAAGCCACCCUGCUGGCGCGAUUUUGUCGCCCCAACUGCUAAAAGUAUUGCGUCCGAGGGAGUUGAUGUUACCGAGGCGCGAUCUCCAAUAGUGGAUUUAAUGGACGUUUCCAGAAGUUCAGCCUCGCUUCCUGCUAACAAGCCUAGCCGCCUCGCUCGUCGACCACGGGCCAAGAUCCACCGAACAAGGAGCGAGCACAUUAUUCACGCCGAAGAGUUACCGGAGAGCGCAUUCACUGGCACCCUAGCCGACACAGACCCCAAAGGUUUGAGGACUCGGAUAUCUGAAGGCUGCCUUUACGUUGAAGAGAACAACAGAAGAUGCCAGAGUUGGCUGGCCAGCAUCGAAGCAGCCGAACCGCUGGAUGAGGUCAUUUAUACUAAUGAAACACCAUCGAGCAACAAGGUUGCAUUUCAUCUAUUUGAGGACACAGAAAGUAGAAAGUCGGAUACUAACUGUGACCUAAAGCCAUUGCAUCACGAGCUUAUUCCCAUAGGAGAACUUGAACAGGAUGAAGAAGUGGAAAUACCCGAAGAGACUUUCGUUUGGGAUAUCUCCCAGGAGAACCGCCAGCGGUCUUUCAGCUCCGACGAAGACAUUUGCUGCACUUGCAAUCUUCGGGUUAAAAGCAACAUUCGUGCAUCCUGCAAGGGGCAGUGUGCUCUGCAUGAGUCAGUUCACAGAAGCACACCAUCUUCAAGCCCUGAUCCCAACCACAAACAAAACUUUGAUUCAGCUGAGUCUCCAAAAGAUAUUGCCAGCAGCAGAGAGCUUCUAUCAAGAUUGACUCACCAGCGUGUGUUUUUGCCGGGUAAUGAUCAUAAUUCUUCCAAAAGCCAAGCAGGAGGCAGUGAUACUUUAACUUUAACCUUGGAGCCGGUGGGUCCUACGGACGAUUCAACCAAAACCAUGGUCAACCCAAAGCCGUCAAAGGUGUCGUCUUUGCAAAGAAACCCGGCAGACAGUAAACAGGUGGAUAAAUCUUCUCUACCCCAUUGAGUUUAGUAACUAGUUACAUUGAUAAAAUUCCGAUUUUAUAAAUUAUUUGUUUUCAUUUGAGCCAUUGAUUUUUAUAAUAGGCCUAUUUAUAUAUAUAUAUAUAUAUAUAUAUAUAUAUAUAUAUAUAUAU